AUGCCUUCAGGAAUCGCAUUGUGCAAGUUCGUUGGGACGAUCGGACUCGGGCUCUUAACAGUACGCAUCCACGUCACGACCGUUCUCAAAUCGCUCCAUCCCCACUAAUGAUAUCUCCAGGGCGUCUCAUAUACUCUAUCGACCCAGUCUCUGCCAUCGCUCCUCACUCUCCCUUCCGCCAAGCCCGCCGCGUACACACUAUCGCAGAGUACCCGACUGAGCACCCUCCACAUCCGAGCACUCUCAACUCUCUCCGCCACUUCCCUAUUCCUCGCCUUCUACCUCUCACCGCCCCGUAUCAGACAUCCCUACCUCCUCUGGACCGGUCUUGUUGCUGGCGCAAGCGGUGGUCUGAAUUUGUUGAUGGAGAAGAGAGCGAAGACUGGUGUGGCGAUUGAUGAGAUCGGUGAGGUCAAUGGGGAGGAAGUUGAGAAGAGAGCGAGAGAUCAGCAGUUCUUAGAGUUUGUCAGGACUGGUGUCGCAGGUUUUGGAUUUGCGAUGGGGGUUGUGGGCAUUUGGGGCGAUGGUGCGUAG